UCAGAUCGCGCGAAUUACGACUGGGCCGUUGCAGUGAACCGCCAAUGCCUGGUCAUGAUCGGCCUCUGGCCUCGGAACACUUUCGGUCGGAGAAGAUUGUUAGAGAACCUGUACGUGAUGACGAUAGCCUUGAUGAUUAUCGGUUUUCUGGCGAUCCCUAGUUUCAGGCUGUUGAUGAAGCAACAGGAAUAUAUAUCGAUCAUUGACAAUUUCGGACUUCCUAUCGCUUUCACAAGCAUCAUACUGAAAAUCUUUGUUCUUCACGCGAAACGGAACGUGCUGGUGCCAGUUAUAAACAUGAUAGCGGAGGACUGGGCGAAACCUAAAACGGACGAGGAAAGGGAUGUUAUGUUUCGUUACGCGCGAAUCGCUCGAGUAGUUAGCAUAUUCAGCUUCACAUCCGGAGUCGUUUCAAUAACACUGAUGAUCGUACUGCCGAAAUUCGGUAUACACAUUCGACACACGACGAAUGGGCUCGAUGUGUUCCCGGUUCCGGCGUACUACGUGCACGAGGUCCCUGAAACUCCUUAUUUCGAAAUAACAUAUGUCGCACAAUGUAUCAUGCUGUGGGUGAUGUUGUUCUGCUACUGCGGAAUCGACAUGUUUUUCGGUACCGUGAUCCUUCACAUUUGCGGCCAAGUUGAAAACCUUCGGGUGCGAAUCGAGAACGAGAAGAAGUUCAGAAACUUCAAAGAGUUGUUGGCGAUGAUCGUGACGGAUCAUAUACGACUUAGCAGUUCUUUACAAUAUCUUCUCAGAGUGGUGGACACCAUUGAAAACACAUUCACGCCGAUACUCUUCGCGGUAAUGCUAUUUUUCGGCGUGAUCACUUGCAUGUAUAUAACGGGUAUAAUUUUCAUGUUCGCCGAAAAAGGGACGCUUUCUGUGACCCGCCUUUGCUUUCUGGCGUUCACUUUGUGCGGUUCUAGCAUUCACAUGUCUCUUUAUUUCAUCGCUGGACAAACAUUGGUGAACGAAUCCGAAGCCAUAUACAACGCAGCGUACGAGUGCGGUUGGAUAAAUUUGAAGUCGAACGAAGUGAGAAGCUUAAUCCUAGUGAUGGCGAAAUCGAAGAAACCGCUUUACGUUACCGCCGGAAAAUUAUUCCCGAUGACUAUGCUGACGUUUGCCAAUAUAACGAAGAUAUGCUUCAGCUACCUGUCACUUUUGGUCACCUGGUUAUAAUAGGAUCCGUUCAGAAGAAAGUGGCAAAAAGUGUUCGAUCGGACAAAUGAACCGUGCGUUUUAGAUAUCGUGCACGUACUCGCUGUGUAAAAUAUUAAUAUAAAGAACAAUGGAUUUGUAUAGGAAAUUCAGCACAGAUUUGAAGAAACGUUUUAUUGUCUAGCAUUGUUACACUUUCUCUAGGAUUUCAAUUGUUAUGGCACCUACAUCAUUUCCGAACAAUUUUCCCCUUUUCAGUGGAGUGUACAUUUUUUAAAAUAUUUUUACUAAUAGUAAAAUAAUUAGAACAAAAUAGUCACCUUUAUACAAAUGAAGUAUUAAUAUAAAGAACAAUGGAUUUGUAUAGAAAAUUCAGCACAGAUUUAAAGAAAUGUUUUAU